AUGAAUGUAGCCAAUGAAGGCCUGGGGGCACAUUUUUCUCCCUGUAUUCUACGUCAGACUGAAGCCCUAAUCCUUCUAUCCGUCAAUCUCUUGGUUCAAAUCUCUCUUCUGCCAUAUACCCUCUAUCAGGGUAAACACUUGGUAAUUGCAAACUUGGGGGAUUCUCGUGCAGUCCUCUGCACUAGAGGCAACAAAAAUCAGCUCGUUUCCGUCCAACUCACAGUUGACGUGAAACCGAAUCUUCCAUGUGAAGCGAAAAGAAUUAGGGACUGCAAAGGCAGAGUUUUCGCAAUGGAUGAAAAAACAGAGGUGUUUAGAGUAUGGAUGCCUGAUGAUAAUUGUCCCGGUCUUGCAAUGGCAAGGGCUUUCAGAGAUUUUUGCUUGAAAGAUUUUGGCCUAAUUUCAAUCCCGGAAGUCUCUUAUAGAAAGCUUACGGACACAGAUGAAUUUGUGGUUCUAGCAACUGAUGGGAUUGUAUGUGGCUGGGAUUAUCUUUUUGACUUUUUGUUGCAGGUCCAUUAACUAUAUUUUUUGUUUCAUAUGGGCUCAGUAUAAACUCACUUUUGUACUUUUGGUUCUUACAUGGGAUUGGACUUAUGGAUCUCCCAUCUUCCCAUUGUUGGUAGAUUGCAUGUAGCUGGGCUUAUUAGCUUUUUGACAUCUUUUUGUUGCAGACUGAGUGACUAUUUUUUUGUUUCAUUGGGCUCAAAACAAACUUACUUUUGUACUUUUGGUUCUUCAAGGGAUUAUAUUUAUGGAUCUCCCCUCUCCCCAUUAUUGGUAGGUUACAUGUCGAUGGUAUUAGUUUUUCUUACAGUCCCAUUGAUUAUUCACUUUUGUACUAUUGGAUCUCCCAUCUCCCUGUAUUGUUGGAUAUAGGUUUAAUCAUUCUCUAUGUAUAUGAAUCUCGUCUUGAUCCCAUAUUUGGAAUAUGUAUGGAUGAUUGGAUAUAUAUGAAAUAGUAUUUUACUUUUUCAUUUGUAAAA